AUGUGCAAAUCAUUUAUCGCUUCAUUACUAGCUUUCUUAUUCAUUUUGUCACCCACAGUUUUGGUUGCGACGAUCACUCCAGGGCAAAUCAUCACUAAUUGUGCAAUCAAUGGAACCGCUGCUAUCACCUUUGAUGAUGGCCCAUCUGAGGCAUGUGAUGAUCAUUUUAUGCUUUGGACUCACGAGUUAUUGGACUUUCUCAAAGAUAAUGGCAUAACAGCUACAUUCUUCAUUAAUGGUGAUAACUAUAAUUGCAUAUAUGAUUAUGCAGAUGUCAUAUUACGUAUCCAUGAAGAAGGACAUCAAAUUGGAUCUCACACUUGGUCUCACCCGGAUUUGACAUUGGUUAAUCAAACUGAAGUCUUUUAUCAAAUUACUUCUCUUGAAAAAGCCCUUAAAAAAAUUCUCGGGUUGGUUCCAAAAUACCUCCGUCCUCCCUAUGGUUCAUAUAAUGAUGAAGUGAUCAAUACGAUUGAAAGUCUUGGAUACACUAUUGUGCUUUGGAACCUAGAUACUAUUGAUUCUCUGGGAGGAUCUGUAGAAUAUGGUUUAGAAAAAUAUAGAACUUCCGACGGUCCUCCAUCAUCUCAUAUUGUGUUGGAUCAUGAUUCCCACAAACUUAGUUGUCAACAACUUGGCCCUCAGGGAAUUCAAAUUUAUUUGGAUAAAGGAUUUAAGCUUAUGAGUGUUGCUGAAUGUAUUGGAGAAACUGAUAGCUCUCUUUGGUAUCAAUAUAUAGGUACCCCGAGUGAUAGAGAUGAUACUUGGACGUGUAGCCCUGGAGACAUUCAUAAAGACAGCGAUGGUUUUACCAAUUCCGACUUUUUUAUUGAUGAAGAUUAA